UCAUGAACGAAUAUGACAUGAUAAAACCAAUUUCUAUGAUAGAAGAUAAGAUUCUAUGCAAAACAACCUAUGAUGCAACAUUAAACAAAAACAAAAAGGAGGAGAAUAAUUAUAGCCUAAAACAACAACAUUUUAUUACUUCCAACAUAACCUAUAGCAAAUUUCUACAGAUAUUUACAGAUGGAUCAAAAACCGCAUCCACAGUUGGCGCAGCCUUCUACAUCCCGCAACUACUCACGAGCUACACGUACAAAUUGAAUAACAUCAUGUCAAAUUAUUCUGCUGAAUUAUAUGCCAUAUAUAAAAGCAUUGUCUUCAGUGAGACAUUGCAAAACCAAAAUAUAAUUAUUUUCUCUGACUCUCAAUCAGCUAUUUCAGCAAUUGAAAACUAUAAACACUCCAGAACAAGUGAUGAUAUUAUCUACAAAAUUAUCUCCAAAGCCCAGCAAAGCCCAAAACGCUAUGUACUCCACUGGGUACCUAGUCACAUAGGCAUUCAAAAUAAUGAGAUGGCUGAUCAAUUGGCUAAACAGGCAGCUAAUGAUGGGGAAUCUGUUACGGAUGUACACGUUCCUUUCAAUGACUUCAAAUCGUACAGGAAGAAAAGACAUAGAGAAGUUUACAGUAAUACAAUUUUGUUCUCUGCCAAAGCCCAGUGGCACAAGAUAAUUCAAAAGGAAAUUCCCAAAAGACCAUGGUUCUAUGAAUCCAAAUUACAGCGAAACGAAAUAAUCAACAUUUGCAAACUCAGACUAGGUCAUGCCAACUGCAACAAACAUUUACACUCUAAGAACAUGUAUUUUACACCACUUUGCCUUCGAUGCACGUUAGGCCAAGAAGAAACUCUCCAGCAUCUAUUUUGGGAAUGCCCAAGCUAUGAAGUCUUCAGGAAAUCUUGCCUAAAAGAAAUCUACAAAGAGUAUAAGACUAACCUUGCAGCAGCACUCAGCUCCAAAAACGACAAAAUUUAUAAGGAAAUUAACAUAUAUUUGAAAGAAAUAAAUAAGAGACUUUAAAGAAACAAGAAACCUUCCAAACACCAACUGUACAUAAUUGUCACAUUUAUGUUGUCCAUUCUUGGGAUUCUUCAUCCGUGGCCCCCCUCCCCAUUUCUGGGUUAGGCAAGCCUGACGGGCCCCAGGCGAAGAAGAUACCUUCUCUCCCUUCCCUAAAUCCCAGGAACCCUAGAUUUCCUAUCUGUUUUACACAUCAAUGAAAAAAAAUAACGUAACAAACCUCAAAAAACCAUUGUGUGCUCCGUAACAAAAAAAGAAACAUAACAAUCAAAAUAAUAACAACAUUAAUGUAAACUGUGUAACUAACAUAACCUAAC